UUUAUCUUCAUCAUGUUGAGCACAUUAAAAUAUUUAUGUCCUAAAAAAUUGUCUUUUUUUCAAGGAUUAACAAAUAUAAAAAACAGAAGUUUUUGGAAAAAUAAUUUACGUAAUGAAAGGUUAAUUUAUCCUGAUGAAAUUGUCAAUGAAACAUUAUUAAAAAAUGGUAUGAAAUUAUUUUGUGAAGAAAAAAAUGCAAAUACAACAAUUGUCGGUUGUUUUUUAUCAGCUGGAUCAAUUUAUGAGCAAGAAAAUGAAAGAGGAGCAUCAUUAUUCAUGGAACACUUGAUAUUUAAUAAAACAAAAAAUAUGAUGGCUGAAGAUAUCGAAAAUCAAUUGGCAAAUAUUGGUGGAAAAUUUUCAGCAAUUGCAAUGAGAGAUGUAUUUAUAUUAUAUGGCAUAGCUCCAUCAUUGAAUGUUGAAAAAAUUAUUUCAAUGCUUGCUGAGUUUCUUUUUAAUGGUUUAAUUUGUGAUGAUGAUGUUGAAAAAGUAAAACCAGUUAUAUUACAAAGAUUAAAUGAAAUGGAAAAUAAUCAUGAACAAGUUGUUAUGGAUUAUUUAUCGUCAAUUGCAUAUCAAGGUACAUUACUUGGAAAAAGUAUUUACCCAACAACUUGUGAAAUUAAAAAUAUAACUGAAGAACAAAUUAAUUCAUUUAAAAAUCGUUUAUUUAAAUCUUCAAACAUGACAAUAAUCACAACUGGUGGAACAGCUAUUGAAGAAGUUCAAUGUCUAGCUGAUCAUUAUUUUUAUGAUGAGAUUAAAAAUUGUAACAACACUGAUCCAUGUUUGACAGUUUGUCCUGAUGAAGUUUAUCCAAAAUGCAUGUCUUUUAGAUUUACUGGUUCAGAUAUGAGAGUACGAGAUGAUGAUAAUAACUUUGGACAUGUAGCAAUUGCCAUUGAAGGUCCUGGUUAUGAAAAUAGUAAUGAUCAUUUUGCUUUAAAUAUAGCAAAAGAAAUAGUUGGUGAAUGGAAUCUUGGAAAUUCUGGUGGUCAUAAUAAUUGUCAUAAUGUUGCUCAAUGGUCAUCGAAAUUUGAACUUUGUCAUCUUUAUAAAUCAUUUAAUAUUGCCUACAACUGUACAAGUCUUUGGGGUUGUUAUUUUGUUUCAGAAAAGCUCAAAAUUGAGGACAUGAUUAAUAUUAUUCAAAAAGAAUGGAUGAGAUUAUGUACAUCAUUAACAAGCCAUGAAUUAACAAGAGCAAUAAAUAAUUAUAAAACAAAAAAAUUAAUAAUUAUAAAUGAUCCAGUUGGUCGUUUUUUUGAUUUAACAAAUUGUAUUUAUCGAAAUGGAAAAUACGAAACAAUAUGCCAAAGAUUGGAACGUUAUGAAAAUAUUAAUGCUGAUGUUUUGUGUGAUGUUGCUGAUAAAUAUAUUUAUGAUAAAUGUCCAGCUGUUGUUGGACUUGGUAGCGUUGAAAAUCUGCCAGAUUAUAAUCUUAUCAGAUCAUCCAUGUAUUUACUACGAAGAUAAAGGAAAAACAGUUAAAUUUAACAAGAAAAAAUUAUUAUUUUUCAUGAUUUUUAUUAUUCAGACAGGAAGUAAUAAUUAGUUAUUUUUUUUUCUUCUAAUACACAAAAAUUAUACAGCUAUAAAUUAUCAUGGAAAUUAUUAUUUUAUUUUUUCAUUGAUUAAUAAAACAUUGUGUUAUACAGUGAUAAUAAUAAAUUAGAUUUUUUAAAAAUUAUUAAUUACACGACAGUUACUUUUUUUUUAUCAAUAAAUUCUUUAAAUUUUUUUUUAAUAUUUUUUUUUUUCAAUUUGUUGGUCAAUGGCAAAUAUUAUUAUAUACUUUAAUCAUUUGACAUUAAUUUUUUAUAUAUAUUUUUUCAAUCAUUCAUACGUGUUAAUUAUAUUCAUAGUAAAAUGAUAUUGUUGAUUAAUUUUAUUUUAUAUUUUUUUCUUUGAAAAUUUCAUUUUUCGAUUAACAUGAUUUUUAUUAUUAUUAACACUUUUCUUUGGUCUUUUUUUUUUUUAUUUUUUUUUUUAGUUUUUUAUUUAUAUCGUCAAACACAUAUUCUUAUUUACACAUACAUGCAUCUAUUAUUUAAAAGACACUCAUAUAGAAAUUAGGUUUUUUAUAUUUCAUCAACAGAGCCAACAGCUUGCUAUUGUUUUUCUUUUAUUAAUAAUAAUUUUUACUGUAAUUGCGUAUACGAUAAAAUUAAUGUUUUUAAAUCGUCAUUUUACUAAGAAAAAUACCUAGCUGCCAUUUUUGUAUUUUGUCAAUAAUAAAAGGGCCUAAGUGUUUUUUUUUUAAUUUCAAUUUUUCGAAUUUUUUCGAACUUAUUCAAAAAUUUUUGCGAGAAAAAAAAAUCAUAUAAAGAAAGGCUUAUAUCCUACAUGUCAAAAU